AUGGCUACUCCUUUGGACGAUGGAUACCUGAAGCGACAUCAGUUCAACACCCUCAACAGCAGUGAACUUGGCAGAGAAGACCAUGGUGGCAUCGACGAAUCGCUCCCGUACGAAAACGGUCGAGCGUACUUUCACGUCGAAGAUUUAGACUGUGUACAACGAAGGCUUGGUCAACGUCAUGCACAAAUGUUGGCCAUUGCCGGCACAAUAGGAACUGGGUUAUUACUCGGAUCAGGACACGCAAUCCAACAAGCUGUAGCGUAUGCGACGCUCUGCGCCGUCGGCGAGAUGACCUCGUUCGCACCGGUAUCAGGGACGUUUCCUCAUUUCUGUAGUCGAUUCGUUGAUCCUGCUCUCGGGUUUGCCGUCGGAUGGAAUUAUUUCUACACCAACCUCUUGACGGUUCCAAGCGAAAUUACUGCGGCUCAGAUUGUUCUGACUUUCUGGGAUGACAGUCCCGGUCGUCAUGUACUUUACACUGCAAUUCUCGUCGCCGUCACAAUCUUUGUCAAUCUAGUUGGCAAAUACUUUGGUGAAACCGAAUUUGUCAUGUCAAUGAUCAAGAUUACUCUGAUCAUUGGCUUGAUUAUGCUCGGUUUGAUCAUUGAUCUUGGAGGAGGACCAGAUCACGACAGGCGCGGUUUCCGUACCUGGCACAACCCGGGAGCAAUGAACGAGUAUCUCAAACCAGGUGGACUGGGGCGUUUUCUAGGUCUCUUUAGUGUCAUCAUCCAGGCUAGUUUCACAUUCCAAGGCGUUGAGCUAGUCGCUGUUGCCGCAGCAGAGACUGAAAGUCCGCGACGGAACAUUGGCAUCGCCGUUCGUCGUGUGUUUUGGAAGAUUAUCACCUUGUACAUGCUUAGCAUUCUGGUGAUUGGCUGGACGGUGCCGUCGAAUCACCCCGACUUGCUCAAGGAAACGGGUAAUGCGGCUGAAAGCCCUUUCGUGAUUGCUAUGAAGAUAGCGGGCAUCAAGGGUCUACCACAUGUCGUCAAUGCUGGUAUCUUUUUGUCUGCCUUUUCCUCCGGCGCUGCCUUUCUUUAUUCUGCCUCCCGAGUUCUCUAUGGUCUGGCUCUUCGCGGACAAGCGCCUCGAGUUUUUACAUAUUGUACACGCACUGGCCUUCCACUAGUCUCCAUUGUCGCAUGUAGCGGAGCGGCUCUCCUUAGCUUCAUGACCUUGCGCUCCGGAAGUGCUACCUUCUUUAACUGGAUGGUAAAUUUGACGACAACGGGAGGGUACGGUGCUUGGUUCUCCAUUAAUCUUGCAUACAUUGCAUUCUAUCGAGGAAUGGAGGCGCAGAAUAUCGAUCGUCAACAGCUCAUUUACAAGUCGAGUCUACAACCGUGGCUCUCUUACUGGGGUCUCUUCUGGACGGCGGUCUUUAUUCUUUUCAAUGGGUUUGAUGUCUUUUUCCGUUUCACCACAUCCAAAUUCAUCACAUACUAUAUAAACAUUCCACUCUUCCUGUCCUUUUACUUUGGCUGGAAGUGGUGGCACCGAACCGGAAUCUGGCGCUCGGAGGACAUAGACUUUAUAACCGGAAUUCCGACUAUUGCAGAAACGGAGGUACCGGAGAUGCCACCACGAAAUCUGUGGGAGAAGAUUGGUCGUAUCAUUAUUUAA